GCCCACAUAAAGCCCGCGGAAGGAGGCGGGAAUUGGCUGAAUACGGGUGGGAAUAAUCAACGCACCAAUAACAAGUGGCAACUUCCGGUUUGUCACCAGCAGAGGGAAGUUCAGAAAAACGUUUCUUCGUCUCUCUGUUUCUCAGAUUUACAGACAUGGAUUCACUCUCUGAGCACCAGACGAGGUUCUGGAUGGAUAAAGCAGUGCAGUGGGGCCAGGCAACAUCUCCCUCUGCACAGCAGGAUAUAAGUCAACACAUGCAGUCUUUGGGGACCUUCCUCCAGCAGCUUGUACACACUCUACAGACAAUGAGCUCUACCACUGAGGCCAUGAAGAGCUUUCCUUUUGUUGGCCAGUUCCUGGGAAGACUUUGUUGGAACCCAUAUGUUACUGCGGAAGGAGCAAGCAGGAGGCUUCUGCUGCAGUGUAUGUGGCUACUAUACAGUGCAGAGCCUCAGAAUGUAGUGGAGCACCGGGCCAAUGUGUGGAUACGGAGUUUGCUAUGCCAUUUAACUUCAGAGGAUGAGGGCAGUAUGGUGUAUGCUUUGGAGAAACAUGCUGGCUUCCCACCACAGCAGUAUUAUUCAGAGAGUCUCAAAAAGAUGGUGGCGUUGCUGGCAACGGAGGUCAACCGUAGUCAUAUCACUUCAUCAGCCUGUUUAGAAAGGUGCAGGUUUGACAGCAUCCAUUCUCUAUCAGUAACUUGUGUCCCUUUGGUCACAUGUCCUGAGGUAGCACCUCUUAUUGGUGCACUGCUAAAGCAUUACAGUUUGUGUCGCUGUUCAAAUCUCAGCGAAGAGUUCAUAAAAGCAGUUAACAAAGCCUGGCUCAGUAAGAAGCUGAUGAUGGAGGUUGAAGCAGUGAUGGCUCUGUGGAGUACUAGUUUGCCCAGCUUGGAGCAGGCAAUUCUGAUUCUGCUUGAGCGUGUUCUUUCUGAUCCAAAAGUGAUGCAGAAUCUAGAGACAGUUGUCGCUGAUUCUUUACUGCCUAAAGCAUCAGCACUACACUGCCACAUCUUUCUCAUAGUGAAUGAUGUUUUCAGAAAUGCUCUAAUAACAAUAGAAGAAAAUCUCACACUAAGAGGACUAGUGCAAGUUUUCACUAGCUGUUUUCUUCAGAUACGUGCUGCCCAGAGGCCACAGGAAAGACUACCACUAAGAUCUUUUUUUCCUCAUGUGCCUCACAACCUGCUCACACCUUUAUUGAUGGCACAAUCAGACGUCCCACAGCAUGUGUGGCUGGAACACCUGAGCUGGAUUGGGACAUUACUUGAGAAAUUCCUUUCAGAGAGAAACCAGGAAGAGGACAGUGGAAGGGGCGACAAGGCCGUGUUUGAGGCCUGGUUCUUGCUUGUCCAGUGUGGUCACUGGAUAGACGUAGCUGCUAAGCUGCUGGUGACUGUCGGAUCAGAGCAAUCAAAGCCUUUGCUCUUUCUUUUGAUGUUUUACCACCACCCAACCAACAGAGGGCAGCAGAGCACUCGGCACAAUAUGGUGGCGAGACAGGCAUGGAGUGAUUUGAGGAGCCUCUUCCUCGCCCACACUUUGUCUCCUGAUCGUCUAUCUGCUGUGAAUGAGUCGCUCUGCACUCCGUCAACAAACUUUGUUCUCUGUCUUCUGCUUAAUUUUGCCAUAUUUUCUCAAGCAUCAACCAGCAGGGUGACUGAUGUAAUACAGAAGGUGCUGACCGAUGCUGGUGUAAGGUGCAGAGCCAUGGGUAUGCUAUGCUUUAUGCAUGAGAGACUAAAAGGAGACAGUGCAGUGGAUGCCAGGCUCACAAUGCUUGAAGAGAGACUCCACACAGCAUAGUGUCUCUUGCUGCACAUAAACACGUGGACGUGCCCAAACGCUGACAUGCGGUGGUGAUUAGCUGUGGUGUCGAGUGCCUGUGCGCUGCUGUGGAUUUCCCUGAGCUGAUUUCACACCCGGAGACCUGAGCUUGAAGGAGAGCAUCUGCAUCGGGUCCUGUUCAGAGACAAACAAGUAGAGAUGUAUUCUUAAAAACAAAACUAAAGAGGGAUGGUGGUAGGGAUGGGGGUGGGGGUGGAUAUAACAUUCACCCCUAACAUAAGGGGUGGAGGGGGCGAGACAAGGCCUGUUCUGUGAGUGAAACGUUCUCAGAUUAUUCUUUUGUCCAUUUGGCCUACAAUACAAGCCCCAUGACUCUACUGGAUUUUUGUUAGCAAACGUACGAUAUUGACGUAAAAGUCCUGAGCUGGAGACACCAUGUCAUCAGUGCCGGAGGAUGUUGUAUGUUCAGGGGUCUGUGGACCAGACUCCUGUUCCUGCUGAACUGAGCCAGUGUUUCUGCAGUACUGUAAUCAGCUCAGUAGGCACGGGAGGCCAGGUCCAUUUGGCGCUCUUCUCCCUCUUAACAGUCUGUAUGAGAUCCAUACACAAAGCGUCAGAUGGGACUAAUUCACUUCCACCAACGAUACUUAGCACUUCAUUUCCCCUGAAAUAGAACUUAAUGAUAUUUUAAAUACAGCCUGUGCCACUAAUUCCAUUUGUGCUAGCCUUCUGAUGGUAAUACAUCUUUAACUAGCUUCUAAAUAUAGACAUUUAUGGCCCAGCUUCUCCUGGACUUCGUAUUUAUCUCCUGUAUCUGUCAUGGCUUAGGCGACAGUGUUCUGGCAGAAAGGGCCGUUAGCUGUCCACUCAUUCGACGCUUCCUGUCUCCACUACUUUCUCUAUUUUAAGCAGCAGGACUAAAAGUAGGCCUGUAUUUUUUAAGCCUGCAAUGCAGAUGUUUCUGUCUUUUUGUGGCUAAAUGUUUCAGACAUCUAAAGGCACCUGCUUCCAGCAUUUGUCUGAAUUUUACCCCUUUCAAGGCAGGAAAACCGAGCAGAACAGUCAAGUUGUGUAGAAGUUGUAGUAAAUCUAAGCAUCACAUGGCAAGAUGUGUUGGAGGAGGAUGAUGAGAAGGAAGACUCCUGCACACUGGCUUCUCACUAUGGGCAUAAUUAGCUUGGUCUAUUGGUCUUUGGCCAUCAGUAGUAAGAGAGAGAUAAUUUAGCCCACAGCUGCUUGUCAUCUCACAUAUCAGCCAGCUUCUUAGAGCAACAGUUUGGUAUAACUUAUGCUUCAAGACAGAUAAAGGGGUCUUACACAUUUUAAAGAUGUUUAAGUUAAGUUCUGUAUGGCGAUAGAGGAAGUGCCUAAUAUCUUGAAAACUUUUGCAAUUUCAUAAGAUUAAAAAACAAAAAUAAAACCAUA